AUGUUACGGAAAGCAUGUACAUAUGUUCCUAGAGUGGGAACAGGACUAGUGAAUUCACGGUUUUAUUCGAAUGCUACGACAAUUAAGUCAUAUUUUGACUUAUUUCCGCAGACGUUCCCAGAUCAUGGGCCCCCAAACGAAUCGUUUAUGAUCAAUCCAAGACGACUCCGUCGGGAAUAUAGAACAUUACAGAGUGAACAUCAUCCAGAUAUAGUCAUUGGGUCUGCAGCAUUAUCGAAACUGGGUGAUAAUGGAGUGGACGAUAAAUUUUCGUCGUUAUUGAACAAGGCCUAUUCGACCAUCAGCAAUCCAUACUCGAGAAUAGCCCAUUUGAUAGAGGUAAACCACCCGGAUCACUUAGAUAUCACACAGGAUGAUAUAUCGAAGAGAUUGAUUUCAGAUUUUCAAUCUUCAUCCGACGAGAGGUCCAUGGAGUAUAAGAAUAUGCUCAUGAUGGUUUUAGAAGCGCACGAGUCGUUGGAGUUAGCGACCCAAGAUCAGGACUUGGAAGCGUUGAGUGAAGAGAAUGACGAAAGAAUAGUUGAGAGUGAAGAGGCAAUCGGAAAGUUGUUAGAGACAAAACCACUUAAUUGGAAUGGCAUUAUGAUGGAAGCAGUCAGAUUGAAGUACUGGAUUAACAUCCAGAAAGGUAUUAAGGAUUGGGAGCCAGGUAAGCCAGUCAACAUUACUCAUUAA